CGGGAGACGCUAUCGCAAGAUGGCGUCUGCGAGGCCGCGGGAUGCGGAGUGAGCGCGCCCCGCCGGGGGCUCUGCGAGGCUGCUCCUCUUGCCGCCGCCGUCGCCGCCGCCGCCGCCGCCGCCACUGCGGCGCCGCCUCUCCGCCUGCCAUUGCACCGCGGCGAAGCCUUCCCGCCUCGCAGCGGCCCCCCUGCCCCCCGGCCUGCAGGCUCCCAGCGCGCCCGCGCCCCCACCACGCCCCUCCGACUCCCGCUCCCUCCGAAGUGUGAGCGUGUCGGGCAGAUGCGGUGAUCUCCGGCCGGCCUGGGAGGAGCGCGUGGACCAGCGGGCGGCGGCGAGCAGUUGGCAAGCGCCUUUACAAUGGCCCUGACCCUGUUUGAUACAGAUGAAUAUAGACCUCCUGUUUGGAAAUCUUACUUAUAUCAACUGCAACAGGAAGCCCCUCAUCCUCGGAGAAUUACCUGUACUAAUGAGGUAGAAAACAGACCAAAGUAUUAUGGAAGAGAGUUUCACGGCAUGAUCUCCCGAGAAGCAGCAGACCAGCUCUUGAGUGUAGCUGAGGGGAGCUACCUCAUUCGGGAGAGCCAGCGUCAGCCGGGAACCUACACUUUGGCUUUAAGAUUUGGAAGUCAGACCAGAAACUUCAGGCUCUACUACGAUGGAAAGCACUUUGUUGGGGAGAAGCGCUUUGAGUCCAUCCACGAUCUGGUGACUGAUGGAUUGAUUACUCUCUAUAUUGAAACCAAGGCAGCAGAAUACAUUGCCAAGAUGACGAUAAACCCAAUUUAUGAGCACAUAGGAUACACAACCUUAAACAGAGAGCCAGCAUACCAAAAACAUAUGCCAGUCCUGAAAGAGACACAUGAUGAGAGAGAUUCUACAGGCCAGGAUGGGGUAUCAGAGAAAAGGUUGACAUCACUUGUUAGAAGAGCAACUCUGAAAGAAAACGAGCAAAUUCCAAAAUAUGAAAAGGUUCACAAUUUCAAGGUCCAUACAUUCAGAGGGCCACACUGGUGUGAAUACUGUGCCAACUUCAUGUGGGGGCUCAUUGCUCAGGGAGUGAAAUGUGCAGAUUGUGGUUUGAAUGUUCAUAAGCAGUGUUCCAAGAUGGUCCCAAAUGACUGUAAGCCAGACUUGAAACACGUCAAGAAGGUGUACAGUUGCGACCUUACAACACUCGUGAAAGCGCACAUCACUAAGCGGCCCAUGGUGGUGGACAUGUGCAUCAGGGAGAUCGAGUCUCGAGGUCUUAAUUCUGAAGGACUGUACCGAGUUUCAGGAUUUAGUGACCUCAUUGAAGAUGUCAAGAUGGCUUUUGACAGAGAUGGUGAGAAAGCAGAUAUUUCUGUGAACAUGUAUGAAGAUAUCAACAUUAUCACUGGUGCGCUGAAACUGUACUUCAGGGAUUUACCAAUUCCACUCAUCACGUAUGACGCCUACCCGAAGUUCAUAGAGUCUGCCAAAAUUAUGGAUCCUGAUGAGCAAUUAGAAACCCUCCAUGAAGCACUGAAACUGCUGCCGCCAGCUCACUGCGAAACCCUCCGGUACCUCAUGGGGCAUCUGAAGAGAGUGACCCUCCAUGAAAAGGAGAACCUGAUGAAUGCGGAGAACCUUGGGAUUGUUUUCGGCCCGACCCUCAUGAGGUCUCCAGAGCUCGAUGCCAUGGCCGCACUGAACGAUAUACGAUACCAGAGACUGGUGGUAGAGCUGCUUAUCAAAAACGAAGACAUUUUAUUUUAAAUUUUUAGUUUGAAGGAAAACAAAAAUGUUUUACAGAUGAAGGAAUGUUUUAUAGUAAUUUAAUUGGCUCUUAUAGCUGAAUUAUUUCUUGGUUAGAAGUUCGGGCAUAUAACCAGAUGAAAAUGAAGGAGCUUUUCCAUUGUUUCUGUAGCACCGCUCAGCUGUCCUUGUAAAACCGUGAACACACGCUUUCCAAUUCUAGUAAUCCUGGGUGUUUAUCAUGUUAAGAGAAUCUCAAGCUAUUGCAUGAUUAGCCCCCUGUUUGGCAAGGGAACCCCAUACAAAGGAGACACCAAGCCUGCACCGCCCCUUCGUCCUGGGUCGCCUGUGGUUGUGAUUCAGCAUGUUUCGCAGAGUAAAUCUGUCGUGACUUCGCUUUUGGGUCCUCCGUCAUUGGUUUCUGAUGCUUACAUAAACAUGCACACACACGGAUCAAACGGCACCUCUGGCUGCUGCAUUGCCAUAGACUAUAACAUAUGCCUACUUUCUCAAAUGCUUUAUUUCUGGUUUCUCUUAGUUCUUCUCUAACAUAGUACUUUCUUUCCAGCAAAAGCAGAAUGUGUUUUCAGAUUUGCUUUAGUAAAUUAUCUAUACCAAUAAAAAAAGAACAACGCAGAGCAUUUUCUGUUAAAUUAUUAUUGGUUUUCAGUUGUAAUUUUGUGUUUUUAUCUGGCAUGCAUUUAUUAAUUUAUUAAAUUUGGCUUUUAGAAAUCAAAAAUAUGGAUAGCUU